AUGACUGCACAAGAAGAUAGCUCCAGCGACAAUGUCGCGCAUUCACCUAAUCUUGACAAGGAUCCGUCCCACCAUAUCGAACAGGUUCACACCAACGAGCGGGUUCCAGGUCAUCCCGGCUACUACGAGAAAGAUGGUCUGCGAACAUAUGGCGACGAUGAGGAUCACGACCAUGAACCGCCUAUGACAGUACAUAGAGCACUCAGCUUGGUCGCCAUGGCAUUUUUAUGGACCGGUUCUCAGAUCCCUGUUUACUUGUUCGGUGGCGUGCCGCCAUACAUAUACAGCGACAUCGGCGGCGUUGAUCGAUGGAUCUGGUUCGUCCUCGCUUAUCUUCUGGCACUGGCCGCUAUCUGUCCGUUUGUCGGGUCCAUCUCAGACCUCAUCGGCAGACGAUGGGUGGCCCUUGGUGGUUCUGGCUUGCUCGUGAUUGCCAUGAUUAUCUGCAGCGUGGCGAAGAACAUGAACGUGUUUAUCGUGGGCAUGACCUUCUCGGGCGUGGGCGCCGGCAUUUGCGAACUGACGUCCCUCGCCGUCACGGCCGAACUUGCACCGACGAGAAAGCGCGGCAAAUACGUGGCCAUCCUCGUCUUCACCAUCAUCCCGUUCUGCCCGUCUGUCCUCUGGGGUCAACUGAUCGCCUACUACUCCAGUUGGCGGUACAUCGGCCUCUUCGCCGGGCUCUGGGCGUGCGUCGGAUUUGUCGGGACUCUGAUCUUCUACUUCCCCCCGCCUCGACCCAACUCGCGCGGUCUCACCAAGAAAGAGAUCAUCGGGGAGAUUGACUUCGUCGGCGGCGGCCUCUCCAUUAGCGGCAUGAUCCUCUUCCUAGCCGGCCUGCAGUGGGGCGGAUACCAGUACCCAUGGUCAUCGGCGCACGUGCUGGCCCCUCUCUUGAUCGGCGCCGUGCUCCUCCUCGUGGCCUUCCCGAUAUGGGAAAUCAAAUUCGCCAAGUUCCCCAUGUUCCCGUCGAGGAUGAAGAAGGAGGCCCGGAUCUUGACCUUGACAUUGAUCAUCACGGCCAUUUCCGGCGCAAACUUUUUCUCGGUCAUCAUGUUCUGGCCCACCCAGGCCUUCAACGUGUACGGCCACGACCCGGUCGGCGUCGGCGUGCGCGGCAUCCCCAUCGGCUUCAGCAUCCUCACGGGCGCGUGCGUCGUGCUGUGGCUCCUGUCCGUCUUCCGCGGCCACAACCGCGAACUGAUGAUCAUCUCGUCCGUGCUCAUGACGGCGGGCUGCGGCGCCCUCGCGGUCGCGGACCGCUACAACCUCUCCACGCUUUGGGGAUUAUUGGUUCUCGGCGGCUUGGGCAUUGGCGGCAUCGUCGUGCCCGCGUCCAUCAUGACGACCAUCAUCUGCCCGGACGACAUCAUCGCCACGGUCGCCGCGCUGACGCUGUCCAUCCGCGUCAUCGGCGGCUGCAUCGGCUACACGGUCUACUACAACGUCUUUGUGAACAAGUUCGUGCCCAACGCCACAAAGUACAUCGGCGGCACCAUGGCCGGGCAGCUCAACAUCACCAACGUCACGUACAUUACCGAGGCGAUCGAGUAUACGGCUGCGUCGCUUCUGCCCCUCCUCAGAACCAUCCCUGGCAUCCAAGGCAACGAUACGGCGUACGAAAUGGUCGUGCUGGCCGGGCAGAUCGCCUACGCAAAGUCGUACAAGUACGUAUAUUUGACGAGUAUCGCGUUCGGGGGUAUUUCUAUCCUGGCUAGUGUCUUCCUGGGCAACAUCGACAAGUACAUGGAUGAUCAUGUUGCUGUGGUGAUGCAUUGA